ACCUUCACUCUGCAGAUAAAACAAGACUAUGUUAUGACCUGAAAUUGUGCUUACCGCGGCGGCGAGGGAGGUGGUUGCCAAUACAACAGCCAAACUUCACUGGGCAACCCGGACGAGAGAAAAUCGAUCUAACAGUAAAACGGCGAGGAUGGUCGGUUACCUUUAGGGGGCGCUGUGACCCUCCCUUCCCAAUGGGUCCUGAGAAAGACUGUGCACCGAUAAACACGAUGAUCAGCACGCCUCCCCCCUCCCCACCUCUCCCUGGCUCCCCCAGGCUACGAGGGUGCCAUGUGCCCUGUCCUGCCGCUCCACCCUGUUCCCCCUGCCCCUCUCCCCGUAUGUCACCCCGCAACAGCUCCUGCCCUGUGGGGGCCCCUCUGUACCCCCCUCGCUCCGGCCUCCUGGGACUGCCGGACCCCCAGCGGAGACACAGCUGGGAUCCCGGGGCAGCGGUGCUGGGCUACCUGCAGUAUGAGGAUCUCAGUGUGAGUAUGGGGGAUCUGAACCCUGAGGAGAUAGAGAAGCUGGUGGGCGGGGCCCUGGGCAGGCUCACAGGGCGGGACCCACGGCGCGCUCCAAUCACCAACUAUGCCCAGGAUUUUGGGUCCCUGCUGUCUCUCACAGAGGAGGAGGUGGCCCCUGACCCACCGCGCUUCUCACUGCUAGAGGAACAGUCCAGCCAAUUGCAGGGCUGCAGCGCCUCAGCUCCCUCUCUUUGCGACCCGUUGGCCGAGUCCCGAUCGCAGAGCUCCGCCACUUGCCCCUGGCCACGCCCCCAGCCUCGGACCUACUCCCACUACAACGAAACCUCUCUGUACUCUGUGGUUGGAGGCUCCACACAAAGAGCAACAAGCAUGUCUCUUUCUAUUGGUUGCCGGCCCGUCUCCCCCACCCUCAGUGUGGAUGCAGGCAGCGAGUUGGGCUCACUGGACUGGGGGACAGAGGAGAGAACAGAGGGACAGCAGGGCGGCAAGGAGGAGAGGGAGGAGAAGACGGGCAGCCCGCUCGGGCGCACGCUCAGCUUCCUGCGCAAGAUGGCCGGGACUCGCAAGAAUAAGGAGAAGGAGAGGAUGAAGGAGCGAGAGAAGGAGGCCAGAGAGAGGGAGGCGAGGUACAGCAACGGUCACCUGUUCACCUCCCUGACAGUUUCGGGAACGACGCUGUGUUCUGCCUGCAACAAGAGCAUAACUGCCAAGGAGGCCCUCAGCUGCCCCACCUGCAAUGUCACCAUCCACAACCGCUGCCGAGACACCCUGCCAAACUGUGCCAAAAUGAAGCAGAGGCAACAGAAGUUGGCUUUAGUGAGGAACAGCUCAGCACUACAGAACGUGGCUCUUCGGACAAAAAGCCCCAUGCUGAAGGAGAGGCCCAGCUCCGCCAUCUACCCCUCCGACCUGCGCCAGUCCCUGCUGGGCACCCGCCGCGGCCGGUCCGGCCUCUCCCUCUCCAAGAGCGUCUCCACCAAUAACAUCGCAGGGAACCUGAAUGAUGACUCUCCCCUGGGGCUGCGUAGGAUCCUGUCCCAGUCCACAGACUCUCUGAACUUCCGGAACCGAGCCAUGUCCAUGGAGUCUCUCAACGACGAAGGAGAGGUGUACUACGCCUCCAUGCUGGAGGAGCUGGAGCGGGAAGGGCGGGACUUUGAGGUGGACUCCUGGAGCACAGCGGUCGAUUCCUCCUACCUGCAGGCUCACCGUAAAGAUGUCAUCAAGAGGCAGGAUGUCAUCUAUGAGCUGAUCCAGACGGAGCUGCACCACGUGCGGACCCUGCGGAUCAUGGACGGGGUGUUCCGGCGGGGGAUGCUGGAGGAGGUGAUGCUGGAGCCGGGCGUGGCGCACGCCGUCUUCCCCUGCCUGGACCGGCUGCUCAGCCUGCACUCCCGCUUCCUGGCCCAGCUGCUGCUCCGGAGGAACCACAGCCUGGCGCCCGGCAGCACCAACAACUUCACCAUCGACCAGCUGGGAGACCUGCUGCAGGAGCAGUUCUCAGGGCAGAACGCAGACGAGAUGAGGAAGGCCUACGCCGAGUUCUGCAGUCGACACCUGAAGGCCGUCAAACUGUACAAGGAGCUGCUGGCCAGGGACAAGCGCUUCCAGUACUUCAUCCGGCGCGUAAGCCGGGGGCCCCUGCUCCGUCGCCAUGGCGUCCAGGAGUGCAUCUUAUUGGUCACUCAGCGCAUCACCAAAUACCCCGUCCUCAUCCAGCGCAUCCUGGACAACACCAAGGGCAACGAGGAAGAGGCUUCCUCCCUGAGGCAGUCUCUGGUGCAGAUCCGGGAGCUGCUGAGCUCGGUGGACCAGCAGGUCCUGGAGCUGGAGCGGACCCAGCGCCUGCAGGAGAUCCGGGCCCGGCUGGACCCGCGGGCAGAGACGGAGGUGCGAGGAGGAGGAGUGUUCCGAGGAGGAGAGCUACUGAGGCGCGGGCUCAUUCACGAGGGGACCCUGCUGUGGAAGACUGCUGGGUCCAGACUGAAAGAUGUGCAGGUGCUGCUGAUGACAGACAUCCUGGUGUUCAUGCAAGAAAAGGACCAGAAGUUCAUCUUCCCGUGCCUGGACAAGCCCGCUGUGCUCUCCCUGAAGAACCUGAUAGUGCGAGACAUAGCCAAUCAGGAGCGCGGCAUGUUCCUCAUCAGUGACUCCACCCCUCCGGAGAUGUACGAGAUCCACGCCGCCUCCAAAGACGACAGGAACACCUGGAUGAGACUCAUUCAGCAAACCGUCAGCUGCUGCCCCUCCCGAGAGGACUUCCCCCUGAUCGAGACCGAGGACAAGGCCCUACUGCGCCGGCUCAGAGCCGAUAUCCAGCAGAAGGACCGCGAGGUUCUGGAGCUCCUGCAGGAGAGGGUCACCCUCUUCUCGGAUCUGGCCGAGGUCACGUCAGGCCAGGAGGUCGCCCUGCCCCACAAUCCCCGAAACCUCUUCCGGGCCGACACCCCCCAGGCCCCGCAGGCCGAGAAGCUGCUGACUGAAGCCAUCACUGAGGUGGACAAGCUGAGUGAGUUGCUUCUGGGCUCGUCUCUUGAAGUACCCCUGUCCUGCAGUUCCAAUGGUGACCAGAACCACACAGUGGAGCCAGUGAGCAAUGGAGAUGAAAUAUCAGUCAAUGGAACUCAUGACCAGAACAGCCCAGUGUCUAAGGACAAAAAUGGGAACCAGUUGCAAGACAGGCCCCCAAAUGAGGAGGUGUGUCAAAGGCUGGUAAAUCUUAGUGCCCAUCUCCACGCACUACAGGCCACUGUCAUAAAGCAGGACUCCAUCGUGGAGCUGAGUCUUUGGGAGGGCCCGUGCUCCACGCCCACCACGCCCGUCCCGCUGUCCUCCGCCCCGGCCAAGCUGUGCCGCUCCAUGUCGCGCGACGCGGGGCUGGACGCCAGCGCGGGGGUGGCGCCGCUGGGGGAGCUGGCCCUGCUCCAGCGGCAGCACAGCCUCCUGCAGGAGGAGCUGGUCAGGCUGAGGGUGGUGGAGGGCAGGCUGAAGGACAGCGAGAAGGCCCGCGUGCAGCUGGAGAAGCAGGUGAAGGACUUGAAGGCCGCCCCGGUGGACGGUGCAGGUUUGGAGCAGGCUCAUCUCCAAAACAGCAGGGGCGAGGGCGAACCCAACCCCGUGGCCCCGUUGGCCAGCGAGGAGACCGUCGACCAGCUGGACGGCCUGCAGGAGAGCAGCGACGUGGACGAUAACUCCGACGACGAUGACGACGACGAUGUGAGAAUCUCACCGCGGUCCGACAGCCCCCGAGACCUGCAGGACAUUCCCGAGGAGAGCGAGUGUGGAGCAGACUUGCGGGAAACGGAAGCAGACUGUGAGACGCACAGCUAACGACAGCCUCACCCGGCCUAGAACCUACAACCUGGAACCGGGAACCUGGAACCUAGAACCGGGAACCAUGGUCUCAUCUCAGAGGGAAUUGCAAUCCUGAACUCACCUUUCAUUUUGUAUAUAGAAGUCCAUCUAGAAAGCAAUUAUCAUAUUAUGUUAAGGUAUAAACCUGCAAUGGAGAUGUGCUACAGUUCAUAACACAUGGUAUACUAUCAUUUUAGUUUAAAUUAUGUCUCUAGAAUCCUCCUUUGAAUCUUGUUUCUUUUCAGUUGCUCCUCUUGCUCCUUCCUCCUUUCAUUCCAUCCCUUUUGUUAUCAAGAAGAUAGAUGCCAAAUGCCAAAAGGAGAUGAGAGGAAGGAGCAUAGCAGUAGCCACGCCAACGAUAGGAUUCUAAGGUAGAUUUGAGGAGCUGUUUGUGUACUAAAAUAUAGAGUAUGAUUAAUAAUAGGCUAACCUAUUUUAGCUGUCAUUUCAUCCAGUAUCCUUGCAUUUUCUGUGGUCUGGACAGCUCAUUGACUGAAGCUCAAUGUUCACACGAGGCAGAACUUGGGAGGAAGAUGCAGAGGGCUGGGGGAGGGAGGAGGGGGGCAUAGUGAUAUGUACUGUAUAUAAAUAUGUUAGAAUGCUGUGCGGGUAAAGAUCUGCUCUCACCCACCUCCCCUGUUUCAACACGUACACUUGAAUUCUCUUGUACUUUGGAAGGAAAAAAAAAACCAAAAUUUUUUUUACUUACAUUUUAUGAAGGGGGUGGGGAGAAUUAAGAAUGGAUUUUUACUGAGGCGGGGGGGGGGAGGGGGGGUCUUGCAAUUAACUGUUCAGAAUUGCGUGGGACAUUCUUUAAAAAUGUAACCAAAGCCAAUUUAUAAUAAUUAUCAUUUCAAAAUGCAGGAGCUAAUUUUUUUAUCAGAAAGGAAUCAUACGAGCACUAACUAUUUAACUGGAUUUUUUCACUGGUGCAUACAUUAGAUUUGAAUAUUGAUAAAUAUUGGUAACUGAAUAAUCCAGCACACUAAACCACCAGAGGUUUGCCUUUAUCACCCAGAGUUUCCUGUCAUCUACCUCCCCAACUAGUUUUCAGUUUGGAAUUAAAAAGCGUUUUCAUUUUAUGAAUUCAUUCCAGGGAUUGGUUAAUUAACUGGAAGCUUCAAUUUCUAUGUAUUCACAAAGCAAUCAACUGGAACUCAAAGCCAGUGUGUUUUUUAAUGGCUUCCCUCAGUUCUGAACAGCUGUAGAGUAGACAGGGAACGUAGUAGAUAAACUGGAUUUAUAGUGUUUCCUUGUUUGAAUUGCAAAAGAAAUUCAGUAGUGUUUUUUCUAUAUCAUAUUAUAUAUAUUAUAUAUAUAAAGUAUGUAUUUCUGUGUAUAGAUAUCCGAUCUGUGCUGAAAAAAAGAGUGUUGACUUUUUAAACUUAUGUUGUAAUUUUAUUUUAAUUUUAAGUUUUGUUUUUGUUUGACUAUGUAUUUGGUUGGUUUGUGUUAUAUUCAUAAAUCUGGCAGAAAUUAA